AUGUCGUCUAAACAACAAUCGCAUCAACGAGUUUUUGUAGUUACUGGUGCUAACAAAGGUAUUGGAUAUGAAGUUGUAAAAAAACUUUCUACAAAUCAUCCAAAUGAUUUAAUUUUACUUGGUAGUCGUGAUCAAAAACGUGGUGAAGAAGCUUUAGUUCAACUUGGUUCACCUUCAAAUGUAAAAGUUCUUGUACUUGAUACAUCAUCAAAAAAAAGUAUUGAACAAGCAAAAGAAGAACUUCAAAAUAAAUAUGGUGGUCAUCUAGAUGUAUUAAUCAACAAUGCUGGUAUAGUUAAAAAUGACUCCAGUUUGAAAGCAUUGAAAGAUACAUUCGAUACAAAUUUUUAUGGAGUCAAAUACAUGAAUGAUACAAUGUCACCGAUGUUAAGAGAUAGUGGACGUAUUGUUAAUGUAAGUAGUGGUAUAGCAGCGAUGACAAUGAAAGAAUGUUCACAAGAUCUUAAAACAAAAUUUUUGGAUCCAAAUCUAACAGAUAGUCAAUUAGAACAAUUGUUUGCAGGAUUAUUCAAAGCAGUUGAAGAAGGAAAAGAUCCAGCAACAGUUGGUUUUAAUCCUGUUAAACGGUCUGCUUUCGAUGAUUACUUUCUAUUAUAUUAUGGUACAUCAAAAUUAGGCGUUAAUACUCUAACACGUAUAGAAGCUCGUGACUGGGAAAAAAAAUAUUCAGCUAAAAAUGUCAUUAUUAGUGCAGUUUGUCCAGGAUUUUGUGCAACUGAUAUAAAUGGUAAUGCACAAGGCGGACGAUCAGCUGAACUAGGAGCUGAUUCUAUUUUACAUGCUGUUUAUACUGAAAAUUUGGAAAAUGGACAAUUUUGGAGAGAUGGUAGUCAGCUACCAUUAGGAAGUAAAUAA